AUGGAGCAGCUAGUGAGCAUGGGUUUCCCCAGCGAUUUGGCCGCCGAAGCUUUAACGGCCACCGGCGGAGAUUCCAUCCAGAAAGCCACCGAUUGGAUUCUCUCCCACCGCUCUCCCCACCAAAGCACCGCCGCCACGUCGCAGCCCAAACUCGACCGCUUCCUCCGCCCCAAUUCCAAAACCCUAAAUCCCAUCGUCGGUGAUGAUCCCAACAAGCGCGUCAAGCUGUCAUCAUCCAGCCACCGCCAACACCAGCCGCUAUCGGAGCGUAUGCGUCCUCGCACUCUCGACGACGUCGUAGGUCAAGACCAUCUCCUCUCUCCUGCUUCUCUCCUCCGCUCCGCCGUCGAGUGCAAUCGCCUCCCUUCCAUCAUCUUCUGGGGUCCGCCUGGCACCGGCAAGACCUCAAUCGCCAAAUCUCUCAUCAAUUCCUGCAAGGACCCUUCUCAGUAUCGCUUCGUCUCCUUGUCUGCAGUUACUAGCGGCGUGAAGGAUGUUAGAGAUGCAGUCGAAAGUGCCAAGAAGCUUAACCUAGAAGGUAAAAAGAGGACUGUGUUGUUUAUGGAUGAAGUUCAUCGGUUCAACAAGUCACAGCAAGAUUCCUUCUUGCCCGUCAUUGAAGAUGGCAGUAUCCUCUUCAUCGGAGCCACCACAGAGAACCCAUCUUUUCACUUGAUCACUCCUCUGCUCUCUCGCUGUAGAGUUCUUACUCUCAACCCAUUGAAACCUAAUCAUGUUGAGACCCUUCUUAGACGAGCUGUUGAUGAUUCCGAUAGAGGACUCUCCAAUAGCGUUGAGGUUAACGAUUCCGUCCUUGAGUUCUUGGCUAACAACUGUGACGGUGACGCACGCGUGGCGUUGAACGCCUUGGAAAUCUCAGCCACCAUGGCUACCGCUCGAGCCGGAUCUGGUGUUGUUGUUGUUGUUGUGUCUCUUGAUGAUGCGAAGGAGGCUCUUCAGAGCAAACAUUUGGCCUAUGACAAGGCAGGGGAGCAGCAUUACAACCUUAUAAGCGCGCUUCACAAGUCUAUGCGAGGAGGAGAUGCUAAUGCUGCGAUCUACUGGCUCGCUAGGAUGCUCGAAGGUGGUGAAGAGCCGCUUUACAUCGCGAGGAGGCUUAUAAGGUUUGCGAGCGAGGACGUUGGACUUGCAGACCCUUCUGCUCUUACACAGGCGGUUGCGUGCUAUCAGGCUUCGCAUUUCUUGGGUAUGCCUGAAUGCAAUGUGGUUCUUGCACAGUGCACCGCUUACUUAGCACUGGCUCCUAAGUCCAUUGCUGUUUACCGAGCGAUAGAAACCGCAAGGAAGGUCGUGAAGGACUCGGUUGGACAGAACGAAGGGGUGCCUCUUCACCUGAGGAACGCUCCGACUAAGCUGAUGAAGGAACUUGGCUAUGGGAAAGAGUAUAUUUAUCCUCCUAAUGACCCUUCUUCUGCGGCUGCUCAGACAUAUCUGCCUUCGUCUCUUCUAAAUUAUAAGUUCCUCGAAUGGCCAGAAGGUGCUUCAGGUGAUAUCCAAGAUCAAGAGCAGAGGCUUUAA